AUGUUGAAAAAGCUUUAUGCAGUUAAACAAACCGGUCAGAGGCUUGUGCGACUGCGGCAGCUGUGUGGUGCUAGAUUUCAAGCGCAAGCAGAACAACAACGCAAUUCCAGCUUCUCAAAUGCGACUCAACAACAACUUAAAGAACUAAUCGACGAGAAUGCACCCGAGCGCACAGAUGCCGAAUGGUCGAAUGCCAAAGAAUACGACGCCCUGCCCGGACCAACUCGAUAUGGAUUUUUUCUUAGCUUCUUGCCUGGCGGCGAAUUCCACAAUAUGAAUUAUAUAGGUAUGAAUCAGAUGCUGCGCCAAAAAUAUGGUGAUAUAUUUCUCUUGAAGGGCGCUUUCGGGCGUGUGGACACCGUUUUCACAUAUAAUGCUGAUGACUUCGAAGUGGUCUAUCGUAAUGAAGGCAUUUGGCCAAUACGCGCAGCGAUGAUGAGUUUUGAUUAUUAUCGUAAGGUGAAGCGAGUGGAUUUCUUUAAGGGCCAAAGUGGACUUGUAACGGAACACGGCUCCGCUUGGGGCGAUAUGCGUAACAAGGUUAAUCCCGUAAUGAUGAAGUCAGCCAGCAUACGUCAGGAUCUGCCGGAGAUCGACAAAAUUACUAUGAAAUUUGUAGACAGACUUGAAACGCUACGUGAUCCCAUCACUGGUCUGUUGAAAAACGAUUUUCAUAUUGAGCUGAAAAAGUGGGCUUUCGAGUCGGUUAUUUAUAUAUCGUUGAAUAAGCGCAUGAAUAUGACAACUGAAAGCGCUAAAAAGGAGACCGCACAGUUGGUACAAAAUUUGGCUGAUUCCUUCAAUCUAUGCUUUAAAUAUGACAUGACGCCGUCUAUGUGGAAAUACUUUGAAACACCGGGUUUCAAGAAGUUAAUGCGCUCCUACAACGGCAUCACUGAAAUAACGUAUAAAUAUGUGCUCGAGGCGAUGGAGCGUAUCAAACGAGAGGGCAAUAAGGAAGCGAAGAGUGUACUGGAUAAAUUGUUGCGCAUCGAUCCACAUUACGCAGUAUUGAUGAGUAUUGAUUCGCUAACCUCCGGCAUGGAUACAACGGCUUCCACAUUCAUUACCGCGCUCUAUCACAUCGCUCGUAAUCCUGACAAGCAACAGGCUCUACGUCGCGAGCUCAUGCACAUAAUGCCCGAUCCAAGAACACCGCUCACGCAGGAGAACACUAAAAUUAUGCCAUAUUUGCGCGCUUGCAUUAAGGAAGCGCAACGCAUUACCCCCAUCGCGCCGGGUAAUCUACGCACAUUGCCCAAGGAUAUUGUGCUCUCCGGUUAUCGCAUACCACGCGGUACUUCGGUGCAUAUGGGCAAUAUGGCAUUGUGUAAUAGCGAGAAAUAUUAUCCACGCUAUAAGGAAUUCAUACCGGAACGUUGGCUCAAGGCGGGCACCGAGGCUUGUCCCGAGUUGCGUAGCAGUAAUCCCUUUAUUUAUGCGCCAUUUGGUUUUGGUCCGCGCACCUGUGUGGGCAAGCGUAUAGCUGAAAUGGAAAUGGAAACUUUGUUGGCGCGUCUAAUACGUUUGUACAAAAUCAGUUGGGCCAAGCCGGAGGAAAUGCAAUAUAAUAGUAAUUUGAUUUUGACACCCAAGGGACCGUUGAAGUUCAGAUUUAUGCCACUCGAAGAGGAGGAUUGCGCUAUUGGCAGUUUAGCUAUGUGAAAUGUAUGUUCUAUGUUAUGUUUUUUUUUUGUUUAAUUUGUAAUAUUAUUUGGAAAGUAUUAGUGCUUUGAUACAUGAAAUUAAUCAAGUUUCAAAAAUUUCGAAGAUUAUAGUUUUGGAAAGUAAUUCCCUUUAGUAGGGUUCUGACGGCUUAAUCAACAUUUAAUCAACAUUAUUU